AUGGCCAACCCCGGCAUCCUCCACCAAUACGCCCCCGGGCUCGUCGCCUUCGAAUUCACCACCCCCAACACAACCCCCCACUCCGCCAACGCCCUCCUCUUCGUCGGCGGGUUGACCGACGGCCUCCUCACCGUCCCCUACGUGCAAACCCUCGCCUCAAAUCUCACCUCCGACCCCACCAACACCUGGAGCAUCUUCAACGUGCUCCUCACAACCUCCUACCAGGGUUGGGGCGUGAACAGUCUCGACCGCGACGUCGAAGAAAUCGCACAAUGCGUCAACUACGUCCGAAAACUCAAAGGGCCUAACGCCAAGAUCGUCAUCAUGGGCCACUCCACCGGCUCCCAAGACGUCCUGCACUACCUCUCCGCUUCCAACCCAGUAGCCUACAACCCUGACGUCAAUGGCCUCAAGUACAUCACCCGGCCCCGCGUCGACGGCGCUAUCAUGCAAGCGCCCAUGUCCGAUCGCCAGGGUCUGCAGCUAGCGUUGACGAAUGCGGAGACGAUAGGCGCGUACGAGCAGCUGGUGAGCAUGGCGCGGAUUACGGAACCCAGGACACUCUUGCCGUUGAAUUUGACCGGCACGGUGGGAUUUGAUCCCGAGACGCCGAUGAAUGCGUGGCGGUUUUUGAGUCUCGCGAGUCCGGAUAGUCCGCAGCAUCCGCGCCAGGAUGAUUUGUUCAGUUCGGAUUUGUCGGAUCAGAGAUUGUUGGAGACGUUUGGGGUGGUCGGGGAACGAGGGUUAUUGGGGUAUCGGUUGAUGACGCUGUAUUCGGGGAAUGAUGAGUAUGCGACGCCGGAGUUGGAUAUGCCGUUGAUGUUGAAGCGGUGGGAGAAUGCGACGAAUACGGGGGCGGGCGAGAUCAAGUGGGAUGCGCAGGGGAGUGCGGUGAUUCCGGGGGCGACGCAUAAUGUGCAGGAUGUUGGACAGGCGGAAUUGGUGGAGCGAGUGAGGGGAUACUUGGGGCGGUGCGAGCAAACAAAUAAAACAUGA